AUGCCUCAGUAUUCCAUAAUUUUACCAACAUAUAAUGAAAGAGAAAACCUUCCAAUUUUGGUUUACCUUAUAGAUAUCUCGUAUAAGUAUGAAAUUAUUAUCGUGGACGAUAACAGCCCAGACGGAACGCAAGCUGCUGCUAAACAACUUCAAGAAAUAUAUGGUCAUGAAAAAAUCGUUCUUAAACCUCGACAAAAGAAGGAAGGCUUGGGAACUGCUUAUGUUCAUGGCAUGAAGUUUGCAAGAGGAGAUUUCGUCAUUAUAAUGGAUGCUGAUCUUUCACACAAUCCAAAAUUUUUGCCGGUGUUAAUUGAGUUGCAAAAGUCGAUGGAUUAUGAUAUUGUCACUGGGACGCGGUAUUCUUGUGGCGGUGGUGUAAGCGGCUGGGACUUGAAACGGAAGAUCAUCAGUCGAGGUGCUAAUUUUGUGGCACAUUUAUUACUUCAGCCAAAGGCCUCAGAUUUAACUGGAAGCUUUCGCCUUUACAAGCGCAAAGUUUUGUCUACGCUGAUUAAAACGUCGGUUUCCCGUGGUUAUGUCUUCCAAAUGGAAAUGAUGGCGCGUGCAUCUACCAUGGGUUAUAAGAUUGGCGAGGUGGGAAUUUCCUUCGUAGAUCGUCUUUAUGGAAAGUCAAAAUUAAGUGGUUCUGAAAUCAAACAAUACUUGUCUUGUUUGCUUCGUUUGUUUUUUACCAUUUAA